AUGGAUACCAGACAGAUAUGGCAGCCCAUACAUCCGAGCCUACGGCCGUACCUGGACCCGGAGUACGUCGCAUUCCACGAUCAAUAUAUGCAAUAUGUCAUCCCAGAUGAUCUCAAGAUCUGGGACGGAACGGCACGAACACAUCCUUCCCUUCCACCCGGAGGCUCGGCUCCGAUCAAAGUCGGUCGCAUCCAGGAUAUCUCGCUGUCUCCGAACUGUAGAGUGCGAGUCUUUGUGCCCGACGAUAACAUGGGCGAUGCGAAGUGGCCAGCGCUAUUGUGGUUUCAUGGAGGUGAGAAUGGCUGAACGAUCGAUCCGGGCGCUGCUGACGAUCAGGCGGGUGGGCAAUUGGCGGGUUAGAUAGCGAGAACGACUUCUGCGCUUAUGUUUGUCAAUGUGAGGACGCCUUCUUUUCACCAGCCUAGAAACUAAUAGCAUCAGCUGUCAAGGCGAUUGUAGUGACCGUCGACUACCGGCUGGCUCCGGAGCACCCAUAUCCUGCAGCUGCUGAAGAUGCCGUGGAAGCACUGCAGUGGCUGAUCAAAGAAGCCACGAAACCGACGAGUCUCAACAUCGACUUCAAUAGGAUUGCCAUAGGUGGGACAUCAGCGUUGGUCUUUUGCAUCAAACAUUCCUUGCACCUGAAGUGAUUCGCUGACGAAUCCGAUUGCAAAGCGGAGGGAAUCUGGCCGCCGUGUUGAUCUUGGAAGCCGCCUGUCUUUUCAGAAGUUUCAAGCCGGUCAUGCAGUUGCUCGUUGUGCCAGUCAUCGACAACACUGCCGUGCCCGGGCGAGGCUGGGUCAACUUGAACGCCCCAUGGCUGACACCGGCAAGAAUGCUGUGGUAUCGAAAUAUGUACCUGCCGAGCGGCGGUCCCCGAGCAGACCUCUCGCGAGAGGACUGGCAAACAUCUCCGAAUUUGGCACCCAAGAAGCUCCUGUCGAAAUGUCCGCAAACGUGGAUCGCGGUCUCGCAGCAUGACCUGCUGGCUACGGAAGCUCUCAGCUUUGCGCAGCAGUUGCGAGAAGUAAACGUUCGAGCAGACACCAAGAUCUAUGAGGGAUCGACGCAUUCCAUACUUGGGUUGAAUGGAGUUUUGUCGAAAGGGCGAGAGCUGAUGGUGGAUGCGGUGUUCGUUUUGAGUAGAGCGUUCCGACCGCAGCACUUUGUACCUUGGCCUUCGCCCGAGGGAUCAGUCUAA